UGUUCGCCAUCUUGAAUGAGUUGCAUAAGCCGUGAAUGUCAGCACAACGGUUUAGUUGAUGCACAGUCUUUGUCGGGUAUACUACUAGUACUCUUUAUGUUAUGAAAUUCAGCAGCCCUCAUAGAAUCAGUUGGUAACAGCAAUGGCUUACAGGCUCUGUGCAAGAGGAGUAAAUUCUUUGUUGACUAGGGCAACUUUUAGACUUCUGCAGCCCAGGGUCCAGUUCGUGAAGUACUCCGAUGGUGUGCGAGAAUUAUUGCUGAGUCAGAAUGCAAGAAACACUUGGCUGCUGGGAAGAAUUCUCCAUUUUGAUCCUCCAAAGGGCUUUGAAAAAUUCUAUCCCAAUGCAUCAAAAAAGAAAUCAGAUAAAGCAUCAGAUUCCAGUAAGAAUGAGAACUUGGAAGGCAAAAGAGAAUCAUCAGGGGGUGGUGAUGGUGGGGGAGGAGGUAGUAGUGGCAAACCACCUGGCGAUGAUUGGUGGAAGAACCUGUUUGACAACCCACAGCAGAUUGUCAUAGCUGCUGCAUUAGCAGGCGCAGCAGCAUUGUUUCUCAUGUUCUCAGGAAUGGAGAUGAGAGAGAUAAAUUGGCAAGAAUUUAGAACAAAGUAUCUUGAGAGAGGAGAGGUGGAAAAACUUGUUGUUUCAAACCAGACUCUAGUCAAAGUGUUUCUGAAGAAUGAUCCAAACAAGAGCAAUCUUUGCUUCACUAUUGGAAGUGUUGAAAGUUUUGAACGGAGCUUGGAGGCUGUUCAGCAGGAGAUGAAUAUUGAUCCGGCAUUCUGGAUUCCUGUUACUUAUGUUAAGGAGUCAGAUUGGCUGAAGGAAGUGAUCAAGUUAACUCCAACAUUGUUAAUCAUUGGCUGUAUAGUGUACUUCAGCAGAAGGCUUUCCAGUGGAGCUAGAGGACAAGGCGGUAUAUUUGGGGUUGGACAAUCAACAGCAAAAUUUUACAACAAGGAAACAAGCGUGAAAGUCAGAUUCAAGGAUGUUGCAGGAUGUGAGGAAGCCAAACUGGAAAUAAUGGAAUUUGUGAAUUUCCUAAAAAAUCCUCAACAAUAUCAUGAGCUUGGGGCCAGAAUACCAAAGGGAGCUAUCUUGUCAGGUCCACCCGGCACCGGUAAAACCCUGCUUGCCAAGGCGGUGGCUGGAGAGGCACAGGUUCCUUUUCUUAGCAUCUCAGGAUCAGAGUUCCUGGAAAUGUUUGUAGGUGUUGGUCCAGCGAGGGUCAGAGAUCUGUUUGCACAGGCAAGAAAGAAUGCACCUUGUAUUAUAUUUAUUGAUGAAAUUGAUGCUGUUGGCCGUGCCCGUGGAAGAGGUGGUCAUAUUGGUGGUCACGAUGAGAGGGAAAACACCCUUAAUCAACUCCUUGUAGAAAUGGAUGGGUUCAGUUCAUCCACAAAUGUAGUGGUAUUGUCAGGCACAAACAGGCCUGAUGUGCUUGAUCCUGCACUACUGAGACCAGGCCGGUUUGAUAGACAGAUUCAUCUCCCUCCUCCAGAUAUCAAGGGAAGAUAUUCCAUUUUUAAAGUGCACUUAAAACCUUUGAAGACUGAUCUGGACCUUGCCCAGGUAGCAAGAAAAAUGGCCGCUCUUACCCCUGGAUUUACAGGAGCUGACAUCGCCAACGUAUGUAAUGAAGCUGCCCUCAUUGCUGCCAGGUACCUUAUGCCUAAGGUGGAAUUAACACAUUUUGAACAAGCAAUUGAGCGUGUUAUCGGAGGUUUGGAGAAAAAGACCCAAGUACUGCAGCCUGAAGAGAAGAAAGUUGUAGCAUAUCACGAAGCUGGUCAUGCAGUUGCAGGAUGGUUCCUUGAACAUGCUGAUCCUCUUCUAAAGGUGUCAAUCAUUCCAAGAGGAAAAGGCCUUGGCUAUGCUCAGUACCUCCCCAAAGAACAGUUCUUAUAUUCCACCGAACAGCUGUUGGAUCGCAUGUGUAUGACUUUAGGAGGCCGGGUCUCUGAACAGAUCUUCUUUGAUCGCAUCACUACUGGUGCCCAGGACGAUCUCAGUAAAGUCACCAAGAACGCUUAUGCUCAGGUUGUAACAUUUGGGAUGAAUGAAAAGGUCGGUAACGUGUCGUUUGACCUGCCCCGCGAGGGUGAACCCACUUUUGAUAAACCUUACAGUGAAGCAACAGCACAACUAAUAGACGAACAAGCCAGAGAAGUUAUUAACAAUGCAUACAAGAGAACGUUUGAUCUCCUCACUAAACACAAGGAAGACGUGGAAAAGAUUGCCUUACGCCUCCUGGAAAAAGAAGUACUUGGCCGUGAAGAUAUGAUUGAGCUCUUAGGUCCCAGGCCUUUCAAGGAGAAGUCCACGUACGAGGAGUUCGUGGAGGGAACUGGUGGCGACGUAGAGGAUACGAGUCUCCCAAAAGGAUUACAGGGACUGCAAGAGAAUGGGGACGAAGAAGAAACCCCCUCAACCACCAUACCCACAUAGUAGUAGAGAGGAGCAGGAGAAUAGCCACUAGGGGAGGGGUGAGGUAGUGAUGGAGUUUCUCGAGAUUAUGUCUUGUUCCUGAGAGGGGAAGUGAAGAUCACAUCUUGAGGCAUCUGUUAUCAGUCUUACCAUGAGUUCGCAUUGGCCUCGUGUUUGCAUCGUGUUUGUUGAAAGAAAAAACAACUUGUACAUCAGUUAUAAUUAGCUAUGGCAUUUGGAAAUAACAAACACUUUUCAAUCGUUUCAAAUGCCAGACUUUGUAAAUUGUUGAAAAAUAAACUAGCAAAAGAGUUCUUUACGUGCUA